AUGCGGCGGCGCCCGCCGAGCCGGGGCGGACGCGGGGCGGCCCGGGCCGGGGACGCGCGCCGGUAGCCCCGGCGCCGCAGCGGCCGCGCGAUGGCCGAGGCUAUCGGCUGCACUCUCAACUGUAGCUGCCAGAGUUUCAAGCCGGGGAAGAUCAACCACCGCCAGUGUGAGCAGUGCAGACACGGAUGGGUGGCCCACGCCCUCAGCAAGCUGAGGAUCCCCCCCGUGUACCCCACAAGCCAGGUGGAGAUCGUCCAGUCCAAUGUGGUGUUUGAUAUCAGCAGCCUCAUGCUCUACGGGACGCAGGCCAUCCCUGUUCGCCUCAAGAUCCUACUGGACCGGCUCUUCAGCGUGUUGAAGCAAGAUGAGGUUGUCCAGAUCCUCCACGCCUUGGACUGGACCCUUCAGGAUUACAUCCGGGGCUACGUGCUGCAGGAUGCGUCGGGCAAGGUGCUGGAUCACUGGAGCAUCAUGACCAGUGAGGAAGAGGUGGCCACCUUGCAGCAGUUUCUGCGUUUCGGGGAGACCAAGUCCAUCGUGGAGCUGAUGGCGAUCCAAGAGAAAGACGAGCAGUCGGUCAUCGUCCCGCCAUCGGCGAACGUGGACAUCAGGGCCUUCAUCGAGAGCUGCAGCCACAGGGGGGCCGGCCUCCCCGCCGCCGUGGACAAGGGGAACCCCAGCAGCCUGCACCCCUUUGAGAACCUCAUCAACAACAUGACCUUCAUGCUUCCGUUCCAGUUCUUCAACCCUGUGCCGCCCACGCUGAUCGGGUCCCUGCCCGAGCAGUAUGUGCUGGAACGAGGCCAGGACCAAAGUCAGGACCCGAAGCAGGACAUCCCUGGCCCCUUCCCCGGCCCCGGCUUCGUGACUCCCGGCUCCACGCCCUUUCAAGCAGAGAAAGAGCCGUGUCUGAACUGUCCCGACGCGGUGGCGAAAAAGGAGGACCACGCCCACCUGAGUGACUCGGGCGCAUACGGCGUCAUCACGAAGCUGGAAAGGGCGCGGCUGUCGCCCGCGGCCAAGGUGAAGUCCGAGAGGAACAGCCUGGGCACGAAGAAGGGCCGGGUGUUCUGCACGGCGUGUGAGAAGACCUUCUACGACAAGGGCACGCUCAAGAUCCACUACAACGCCGUCCACCUGAAGAUCAAGCACAAGUGCACCAUCGAGGGCUGCAACAUGGUCUUCAGCUCCCUCCGGAGCCGUAACCGCCACAGCGCCAACCCCAACCCCAGGCUGCACAUGCCCAUGAACAGAAACAACAGAGACAAAGACCUGCGCAGCAGCCUGAGCCUGGCCGCCUCCGACGGCUACCAACGCCCCGGCUUCGCCGUGACCCCCGCCGACUGCAGGCCCCUGCCCGGCUUUGCCGGCGCCGGGGAGGCCCCUGGGGGCCAGCCGGCCUUCCCGAGCACUGGGCAAAACGGGGUGCUUUUCCCCAACCUGAAGACGGUCCAGCCGGUCCUCCCUUUCUACCGCAGCCCGGCCACGCCGGCAGAGCUGGCCCACACGCCCGGGGUGCUGCCCUCCCUGCCCCUCCUGUCAUCCUCCAUCCCGGAGCAGCUGGCUCUGAACGAGGGGCCGCUGGACGCCCUCCCCAAGAAGAAAUCCCGCAAGUCCAGCACGCCCAUCAAAAUCGAGAAGGAGACCAUGGGGCUCGCUGACGAAAAGAGGCGGGCGCUCAGCUCAGAUGAAGACAGGCCCGUGCGGGCGGCCAGCGGAGAUGAGCCGGAGGCCUGGAGCCCUGAGUCAGAAGGAGCCCCCGGGGACCAGGGCACACGGUCGGGAGGCCCAGGGAGGCCUCUCCCCGGAGGAGAGGGGCGCUGCCGUCGAGACUCGGGGACCGAGGCCAGCGGGGCCACGGGCAGAAGCCCCGAGCAGGCCGUGCAGCACUCAGAGAGGGGGGCCGAGUGCGAGCAGAGGCAGGUGCUGACCGCAGCGCCGAGGGAGCCGGACGCCGGCGGCCGUGAGCUUCACCUGGCGCCUGGGACGGAGCCCUGCGCGCCCCUUCCCGACCACCUCCGGCUGCAGCAGCGCCUGCUGGCCGGCGGGCUCUUGGGCGCUCUGGCCGGCAGGGGAGUGGCUUUUCCGUGUUUCGAAGAUUCUACAGAACUGGACCUCGUGGGUCAGCACGCACCAGGCAGGCAGAAGGAAGAAAAACACUUCCAGUGCGACAUCUGCAAGAAGACCUUUAAGAACGCUUGCGGCGUGAAGAUGCACCACAAGAACAUGCACGCCAGGGAAGCCCACGUGUGCACAGCGGAAGGCUGCAAAGCCGCCUUCCCCUCGCGCAGGGGCCGGGACAGACACAGUUCAAACCUAAAUCUCCACCAGAAAGUGUUGAGCCCAGAAGCAUUGAUGAGCCCCGAAGACCAUUUCCGUGCAGCCUACCUUCUGAAAGAUGUGGCCAAGGAACCUUAUCAGGAUGUGGCUUUCACCCAGCAAGCCUCCCAGACAUCUGUCAUCUUCAAGGGAACGAGUCGGAUGGGCAGUCUGGUUUACCCAAUAACCCAAGUCCACAGUGCCGGCCUGGAGGGCUACAGCUCGGGUCCGCCGAGCGAGGGCGCCAUCUUGGAUUUGAGUACUACCUCGAGCAUGAAGUCAGAGAGCAGCAGCCAUUCCUCCUGGGACUCAGACGGGGCGAGCGAGGAAGGCGCCGUGCUCAUGGAGGACAGCGAGGAGGACUGUAACGGGCCGAGCCUCGUCCCCGGGGAAGACGAGUACCCCAUCUGCGUCCUGAUGGAGAAGGCCGACCAGAGCCUCGCCAGCCUGCCUUCAGGGCUGCCCAUUACCUGUCACAUCUGCCAAAAGACAUACAGUAACAAAGGGACCUUCAGGGCUCACUACAAAACUGUGCACCUCCGCCAGCUCCACAAGUGCAAAGUUCCGGGCUGCAACACCAUGUUCUCGUCUGUCCGCAGCCGGAACAGGCACAGCCAGAACCCCAACCUGCACAAGAGCCUGGCCCCGUCCCCAAGUCCUCUGCAGUAACGGGAAGGUGGAGCGGGUGUGCAGGGAUAAGCGUGUGGGUCAGAAGUCAGGAAUAAGGUAGUCCAAAGAAACGUCUCCAGUUUUGCUUAGCAUGGCUUGGGGCCAGGCCAGGCAAAGAAGUCCUGGAAUUGACUUCAGAGUCUUCGACGGCAGGGCGAGCUCAAAGUCCAGCCUUGGAGGAAGUCAGCCUUGGGGCAGCCCAAAGGCCCUACUGUUUCUCGUAGCCCAAGAGGCUUUUCCCUGACCUGCCAAAAACCUGCAGAAAUACAGUUUUCCCCACGUUUGUUUACACGUUCCCUGGGAGAGCUCUGGGUCCGCAGAUAGACAACAGGAGCCCGGGACCUUGAGGCAGCUUGAGGUCGGGCUUUGCACGAGGGCUAAGGGUCAGUUGCGCGUCCCGGGGAAGCAGACCGCCACCACGGGUAAGGAGCCAGGGCCAAGAUCACAUCUUUUAGUUCCUGCUUUCAGUGAGUCUGGAUUGCAGACUCACUAAGGUUUGGGGGGAAAUGACUUUUUGAGACUAUGCCUCUGUUUGGAGUGGAAGAUUGCUUUUAUUUUUAUUUUUGUCCCCUCCAGGGGUCUCAUGGACCUCCAGUUCUUAGAGGAAGCAGAUCGCAUUCAACACAGAGG